GGAAGAAGAGAAGGGGAACAAAUCCAACAAAAAUCGUUUCGAAAUAUUACAAUUAUUUGGUUGUUAAAAAAAAUGGAUCUUCCUUAGAGACGGCGGCGAUUUCAGUUAGCUCCUCCAUUGUUAAAAAAAGAGAAGGGGAGCCGUCGUCAGAGGCAUUCAUGGAGGUGAAUCCCACCGGCCGACGCCCGGAGCGACCAGCUAUUGCGAUCAGAAAGAAGGAAUAGAAGCACCAUGGAUCCAAGUGAAGCCGAGAACCUUCACCAACCGCCAUGAUCGAGCGGUCGUUCUCGGAGCUCCGGUCCGGUCCGGCUGCGGUUGACGCUGAAGAACAGGAAAAAGCACAGAUACGUUUCGAUCGAGGCGGCGAAGAUGCUGGAAAUUCAAUGAUUUUCAUCAGAGCCAUUGACCCUCAAGACAUGCUCGGGAUCGGCACGAACGACUUGGUCCUACAGUUACAGUCGAAUAAGGUGAAGGGUGUAAAAUAUAGUCGCAAGGGACAAUCUAUUGUGGAAAUUAGGCUUCAGAAUUUGAACCUCAGUGGGAAAAUUGAUGCAGAUUCUGUCUGCAAACUUUCUAGUCUUAGAGUUCUUAACUUGGCCAAAAACAACAUCCAAGGAAACAUUCCUGAUUCAAUUGUCCACUGUACAAGGCUGACCCACUUGAAUCUUAGCAACAACAAUUUAAGUGGGGAGGUACCUUUGGUUCUGCCUAAACUAAAACAUCUCAGGAGAUUAGAUGUUUCUAACAAUCACUUUACUACUAGUUUACCCCAAUUCAUGAAAGAAUUCAAGCAUGGGAAGUCUCUAAGAUCAUGGAUGACUCGGCAGGACAUGAUCGACGUUGGGAUAAAAGCUGCAUCGCCCGUCUCAUCGAGCUCACAGAGCAGCCAAUCUAAUAGUGUUGGAGGAGCACACUGGCUUUUCCAUAAACGGAUAAAAUGGAUGAUUAUCUCUAUUGUCGGUAUUGUAUUGUUUUUGUUGUUGUCAUUCUUUAUAUGCAAGAGGGCUGCAAAGUUAGUGGGUAAGAAGCAAAUGUUUCAGAAGGCUCUUGAGAAGUCUCCUCCUAUUGUAGCUCUAUCAGCCAUGUCUACUGAGCUUGAGCAACGGGAUGAAGCACUUCCAGAGCUUGUGUUUUUUAACGAAGAAGAUGAACAAUUCAAAGUGGAGGACCUCCUCGAAGCAACAGCAGAUUUACAAAAUCUGAAUAUUUGCACCAGCCUUUUCAAGGUGAGGUUAAAGAGCCAAUAUUAUGCAGUCAAAACAUUGAGAAAAAUGCAGAUAAACUUUGAUGAAUUUCGUAAAACCAUGAGGCUAGUAGGAAACCUGCAGCACCCGAACAUUUUACCGCUUGUGGGUUAUUAUUCUGCUAACGAAGAGAAACUGCUGAUCUACAAGUAUCAGAGAAAUGGAAGUCUGCAUAAACUUCUUGAGAGUUGUAUUGAAGGAAAGCAGAAAUUCCCAUGGAGGAUAAGAUUAUCCAUAGCAAGUGGAAUAGCAAACGCACUUGGUUUUAUAUACCAAAGAAGAUCAAAUGCAGAAGACUCCAUUCCACAUGGGAAUCUAAAGCUUUCAAACAUUCUCUUAAACGAAAACAACGAACCGCAGAUCAGCGAAUACGGGAUCACAAAGUUCCUAGACCCGAAGAGAGCUCGUCUUCUUUCCUCCAAGGGGUAUACAGCCCCAGAGAAAAAACUAUCAGAGAAAGGCGACGUUUACAGCUUCGGAAUCAUAUUGCUCGAGUUAUUAACAGGGAAAAUGGUAGCGAAAGAUGGGAUAAAUCUCCCCAAAUGGGUGAGAGCCAAGAUAAGAGAAGAGUGGACCUGUGAAGUGUUUGAUGAUGAAGUUGCUCAAAACGCAGAAAAAUGGGGCAUUUCUCUUCUGCUUAUUGCCUUGGACUGUGUCUCUCAUUACCCUGAAGGAAGGCCAACCAUGGCUGAGGCUCUGGAAAAGAUAGAGGGUGUGAUGAAGGCAGUGGAAGAUUAUGAACAACGCAUUUCACCUUUUUCUUCUGAUUUUGGCACUCCUGAUUCUUGAGUCUUAUCGUCAGUACUUUUACAUACAUAUCAUAUAUUUUUUUUUACCAACUCUAUUCGAAACAGUUCGGAUUUGAACCGUUUUUAAUACCAAUCUUUGUCAGUUGGAUUGGAUUGUUCGUAUAGAAGAGUUUGUACUUAGGAGUGUUAGUAGUAUUGUUUACUAGGUCCUUUGUGAUGUACAAUAUGGGAUGGAUGGAUGAUAGGUUUAAAGGUUUAUAAAUAGUUCGGUUUUUAUAA